UCUGGAAAGUUCUCUGCUCUUCUUUAAGCGCCUGUCAGCUCAGCUGCCCCAAGUGGAAGCUGUUUCUCCGAGACCGCAGAUAACAGAGUUAUAGGGGGCAGUCGCCGGAAAUCCGAGGCCGUGCAUUUCGUUUCUAGCUGCAAAGAAAGAAGAAAGAAGUGGGGUUGCGAAGAGUUGAACGGCGCCGUGCUGCUACAUGUGUUGUCGUUAGUUGUCGCUUUGCAGGACUUGGCGUGGUUGGUAGCAAGUGUCAGUCCGUGCCGCGCUGUAGGGAUAGGAGUGAAUCUGACCCAUUAAAAAUAAUAAUAAAAAGAAGCCAUGACUGCAGAGGAGCAGAACAGCGAGGGGCAACACACCUUCCCCAUGGAGGGAGAAGACAUCACAGCGAAGAAAGAUGGAGGGGUUUUAAAGCUGGUGAAAAGGGAAGGCACGGGCGCCGAGUUCCCCAUGACCGGAGACAAAGUGUUUGUCCAUUAUGUGGGAACUCUGCUGGACGGCACACAUUUCGACUCCAGCAGGGACAGAGGAGAGAAGUUUUCCUUCGAGCUGGGCAAAGGACAAGUGAUUAAGGCAUGGGAUGUCGGCGUGGCCACAAUGAGAGUGGGAGAGCUGUGUCAGCUCAUCUGCAAGCCCGAGUAUGCCUAUGGGUCUGCAGGCAACCCGCCCAAGAUCCCCCCCAACGCCACGCUGAUUUUUGAGGUGGAGCUGUUUGAGUUCCGAGGGGAAGACAUAACGGAUGACGAAGACGGAGGGAUCAUCCGGCGCAUCGUCACUAAAGGAGAAGGUUAUUCCAAGCCCAACGAGGGAGCUGUUGUAGAAGUCGUUGUGCAGGGAACCUGCGACGGACGCGUGUUUGACGAGAGGGAGCUGAAGUUUGAGAUCGGGGACGGAGAGAGUUUUGGCUUGCCCGGCGGUGUGGAGAAAGCCAUCAUGGCCAUGGAGCAAGGAGAGGAGGCACUCUUCACUGUGAAGCCUAAAUACGGCUUUGGGAUCGCUGGAAAUGAGAAGUAUAAUAUUCCUGGGGGAGCAACGCUGCAGUACAAGAUUAAGCUGACGGCCUUUGAGAAGGCUAAGGAGUCCUGGGAAAUGAACACGGUUGAAAAGCUGGAGCAAAGCGGUAUCGUCAAAGAGAAAGGAACGCAGUGUUUUAAGGACGGAAAGUACAAGCAGGCGUCUGUGCAGUACAAAAAGAUAGUUUCGUGGCUGGAGCACGAGUCGGGCCUGUCGGACGAGGACGAGAAGAAGGCCAAAGCCCUGCGGCUGGCCGCCCACCUGAACCUGGCCAUGUGCUACCUUAAAAUGCACGAGCCAGCCAAAGCCCUGGAAAACUGCGACAAGGCGCUGGAAAUGGAUUCUGCGAACGAGAAGGCUCUGUUCCGACGGGCGGAGGCUCUGUACGGGAUCAAUGAGUUCGAGAGAGCAAGAGACGAUUUCCAGCGCGUCGUUCAGCUGUAUCCUUCCAACAAAGCCGCCAAGAGUCAGGUGGUCCUGUGUCAGAAACGCAUUAAGGAGCAGCACGAGAAGGACAAACGCAUCUAUGCCAACAUGUUCCAGAAAUUUGCAGAAAGGGAUUCAAAGCAGAAAGAUGCAGAGAAGGUGAAACCUGACGGCAAGGAGAACGGCGAGGAGGCCAUGGAGGUCGAAAACGGCGAAAAGGAAGCUCAGAGUGAAGCGAAAGCGUAGUUGGGCGAUUCGACUGUUAACGGUUCAAAUUGUACUUUGACUUUUUGUAACCGGCCAUCUGUGUUUUAAGGCGUGAUUGUGUAUAUAUGUAUAUGCGAGAAUGAGUGUCACUGAGAGCACCGACGUGGGGCGUGUCCCCGGCGCUUGGCCGCGUCCAGGCUCCUCGGUGUGGCAGCUAGCUGAGUGAGUGAGUGGGGCUUCCUCGGCUGACGGCACUGUGGGAGAAACGGAUCUAAUGAAUGAAUUCAGCGCCCUGGCCUUCGGCUCUGAACAUAUUCAGCCCACAGCUUUGAACCGUGCAUGGGAUGUUGCGGGUGGUGGGGGUGUGCGUGCAGAGCAUCACAAUCGUUCAAGGGCUCUGCCAUUUUAGCCUGCACCGUUUUCUGUCCCGUGUUCUUUAUCGUCGCUGUCCACCCGAGCCUCCUCGUGGGCCUACUGAUCAAUUGUCGGAGCGCGGAUGAUUGCGUGCGCGGAGCUGGCGUGUUUCGAAUGUGACUGGCCUGUGUGUGUACGUAGCAGCACUGUGGAUCAGCAUGACGUUAUAACAUGUUAGUCUGGAAGAGUCGCCAGGCUUUGAUCUUCUCUCAGCAUAACUGUGGGGGUUUUCCUUUAAGAGCCCUAGGGUACAGGACUGUUGGACUGUUCACUUCUCCUUUUGGAAAUAUUGACUUUGUACUUUCUUUCUUUCUAGUGUUGGUCUCGUGAUUCACUGUGUUGUUCUCAACAAAAAAAUGUAUAAAGUAGAACUGAUUAAGCAACUGGAAUCUGUGCAUAAGAGCCUUUGCAUCUUAGUCAGCAGUGCCUACAGGGACAAAAAGCUAAAGUAAUCGGCUAAAUAUAAGACGGGCUUCUUUUUUUCUUUUUUUUGAGUUUCUUUUGUUGGGAGGUCACUGCGUGGUGUGUCCUGACAGACUUAUAAUAAACUGUUCACUACAAA